AUGAGCUUCUACAACAGUAAUCAAUCAUUAGUGUAUAACUUCAAUGCCCAGAGAGCAGGAGUAAACGACACCCAACAUCAAAAUGUAACGCAAAGGGAUCCAACUGCUGCCGCCGCUGCCGCUGCUGUACAGCAACAACGAGCACAUCAACAACAUCAACAAGCAGUAGCACAACAAGCUCAAGCACAAGCCCAAGCUGCGCAGGGUCUUAGUCAAAGACAACUACAAUCGUCUCCAUUGCAACAACAACAACCACACCUACAAUCGUCGACACAUGUCCAACAUAAACAAACUUCUCGACAACACAAAAGACUGGGUCAAGCAUCACAAACGAAGUCCGGAAGUUCGGUGAUUGGAGGCGGGACUUCAAUCCUCAAGAGAGCAAGGAAAAAUCGACCAGGACAAAAAUUUGGAGCUAAGAAGAGAUCAUGGGUUUGGUCCUGGUUUGUACAAGAUUCUCAGAAUCCAAAUGUUACAUCUUGUGAAUUAUGCGGGAAGAUAAUUAUUCGAUUACCUUCUGAUAAAAGUUCUCCCAAGAAAUUGAGUGAACAUCUAAAGACUCACAAACUUUCCAAAGAAGCGAUUAAUUAUGGUCGUCCGAUUCCGGUUGAUGGAUAUGGGAUAACAUAUACGAAUGAAGGAGAUCCGGUUAGUUAUCCUCCGAAUUAUCAACAACCGAUUAUGGAAGUAAGGACGAAAUCCAUGAUGGCGACCACUGUGGCUGCUGCUGCUGCGCGGGUUGCUAUUGCAGCUGGUCCGGAAUCUUCGAGUAUGCAGAAUAUGGAAGAGCCUGAGCAUGUGGUAGCCGGCGGAAAUGUGGACGAUCCAAAGGAUAAACAGAAAUCCAAGAAUCCGGCAAAUAUGUACCACUUGACACCAAAUAGAAGAUAUCUUUCGACUGAUUUUGAUAAUGUUCCAUAUACUGCUUCCAAGUUUCAUAAACAUCUUUUGAAAUUCUUAACGGAGAAUAAAUUACCCAUUAGCGUUCUUAGAACCCAUUCGUUUCAACAAUUGGUUUAUGAUUUACGAUCGGAUUCGGUGGCUGAUUUAUUGGAAUUGACGGAUUUGUACAGUACGUUGUUGGAAGUUAGUAGAUACGAUGAAGGUUCACUGAAUGGUGACACGACGACUGAUGCAGAAAAUCAAGCUGUUGCUGCUUUGGCGAAUGAUAUAGAGAAUAAAAUGUCCGGUAACUAG